AUGAUGACACAGGUGGAUACAUCACCCGCGCCACCUGGCACGCUCUCUUGCCAGAAAGACUCAUCGCUUCGUUUGCUGCGCACAAUUGUUUACGCGUCUCGAGAAUGUGUUGAACCGGCUACGAAGAUCGAGAAUGCCCGACGCUAUUUUGAACUCGAGUUGUACGACACCGUACUGUUCCCUGAAGGUGGAGGCCAGCCAUGUGAUACUGGCAAAAUUGACGAUAUGUUUGUAGAAAAGGUAUACGUGAAGGACGGACGUUGUUUACACCGUGUCCCUGUUAAGGACAGUGCCCAAGCGCCGUUUAUGGAGGGACAAGAGGUGGUUGUUACCGUGAAUUGGUCUCGUCGCUUGGAUCACAUGCAGCAGCACUCGGCGCAGCACCUCUUAAGUGCGAUUGCCGAAAAGUAUGGGUAUCAGACCACCUCGUGGUCCUUGGGAGAGGAGCGCUGCAAUGUGGAGCUCAUAUCGGCUAAUGCUACCUCGGUCCUACAUUCACCAAGUGAAAAAAAAGGCGGAAAGGAGAAUAAAAUAAUUUCGUUUGGCCAUUUGCAGACAAUCGAAGACGAAGUCAAUGAAGCUAUCUUAGCAGGAUUGGCGAUGUAUCCGUCGUUCGCGGAGCCGGGGACAGAAGAGUGGAAUAAAAUUGCUUCAAAGUUCGCACCAGAAGAUAUGCCCAAGAUUAUGCGAAUCGUGACCAUCGACGGACUAGAUGCGAACCCAUGCUGCGGUACGCAUGUCAAAAACCUUGCGCAGCUUCGAUCACUGCGCAUUGUUAAUACCGAAUUUGCACGAGGAACAUUCCGCAUUUGGUUUGUUGCUGGUGACCGCGUGAAUCGCGACUUUUCACGAAUGCUGAAAAAGGAGCAAACAAUGACGAAAUUGCUGAGCACAGGACCCGAAAAUCAUACUGCUAGGGUAAAUAAGCUGCUGCAGUUUCAAAAGUGGGCAACGAAAGAAAUCAAACAUCUGGAGAAGGAGCUCGCUGUCUCUAUAGCCAGAGAUCUGGUCGCACGUCCCGGUAACAUUGUCGUUAAUUACCACCGUUGCAAUGGCGAUCUAGGAUUUCUACAGACAUUGCUAGGCGUUCUUGGAGGAGCAAUCAGCAAUACCAUAUUUGUACUAACGGCAGGUGAACUGCACGGUGAAGGCUUCUUCCUGAUUGCCGGGCCUCUUGAAUUUAUCGCUGUCCACGGAAAAGCUGUACUGCCAAUUAUCGACGGAAGGGGUGGCGGAGGCAAAAACGGCGUCAUUCAGGGGAAAGCGAAGAGCUUGGCAAACGUUGACGCCUUGAUCAUAAAGCUUCAGGAACUGCGCCUUCAACCAUAA